AUGGAUGGAGCAGUGCGUUUCAUUUAUCUGGCAGCUACAGUAUCAGGUGUUACUCUAGUCUCGUCUCAUCAAGCUUGCUACAACGGAUCGAAGUAUGAUGUCAACUCUAACAAUCCACACCGCUGGGUCUUACCGUACGAAGAUCCAUGCGAGUAUGCUGCUGUACUCGGCGGACUGACUGCUCCAAAUGUGUCAUACCAACAGGGGGCGCCCUACUACCUGAAUAAGAUCGCAGUUAGAAUGCUUGAAUUCUUCGGAUGUCAAGAUGAUCGAAAAAGUAUUGAGUGUUCUACUCCAGAGCCUUUGGGUCUUGAAGAUAGAACCAUUCCUGAUGAGAGCAUCAGUGUAUCGAGUUCGUAUUUUGCCUGGAGCGGGCGUCUGAACGGAGUGGCUUGGGUUCCACGGUUCGAUGCUAAUUGCUGGUUGGAGGUUGACCUUGGUGAGAGUACAGUGGUGUCUGGUCUCAUCACACAGGGAGACGAAACUAUUGAGAAUUGGCGUGUGACUGAAUAUAAGGUGAAGUACAAGAAGAUGUCGUCCUCUGACUAUGAAGACGUCAAAGAUAACAAUGGAGCCAUUCAGGUGUUUGAAGGUAACAUUGAAGAUAAUGAGACCCCAGUCACCAAUAUGUUUGAUCAGAGCAUCAUGGCAGUAAUAGUGCGUAUCGAGCCCGUAGCGUUUAUUGACCUCGUUUCUCUACGGCUAGAGUUGCUUGGAUGUCACAUCAACUGA